CAUCAAACUCUGGAUGGAAUGCAGCACUUUUUCCAGCUUUAUCCUUUUACUUUUGAUUUUUGAGGAUGUUUUUGGUAUUGUAAAUGCAGUCACAUGGUUGACUUUGAGAGGUUAUAGCCUUGAUGCAGAGUGUUAAAGUGAAGGCGAGACCAUACUGAUUCAUUGCCCUCCCAGUCACACUCACAUAUGCAAGCACACACCCAUGAUCCUUAAACACAUCUCCCACACACCCUGAAGGAGUAUAAAUCCUGAUAAGACGGCAUAGACUUUCUCACAUGUACACAUACAACACUAGAGACGUGAGGAGCACACCGGGUUGGAUCCAGUCCACAUUUAUUAAUUUUCCCUUAUCAGUGUUCAAUAUUGAAAAUGGAAAGUGAACAGUUGGUGCGGAAGUCUUCAGCAGAUAGACCCUAGCAUCUAUUGAAAAACAAGAGAGAGUCGAUACAGAAGCACAGCCGAGAGGUCCAGUGUGCUUUGCGGAUUGAAACGUCCAGGUCUACUGAAGCCUCCUACUCCUGUGGCCUGUAUGGAACACAGCAACCAUGCAACACUGUGAUUAUUAUCUGUGCCUCACCAUCUACAUCGUCACCUUCAUCACCGGCUUCCCGGCCAACGUCUUGGCCUUCUACACGCUCAGCCGCAAGGUUUGGAGGAAGCCGGCACCCAUCGACAUCCUCCUCCUCAACCUGAUCAUCUCAGACUUGCUCUUCCUCAUCUUCCUCCCCUUUAAGAUGCAAGAAGUGGCCAAUAAUAUGGUGUGGAAUAUUGACUACUUUCUGUGUCCGCUGUCUGGCUUUGUCUUCUACAUGACCAUCUACAACAGCACCUUCUUCUUGACCGCGGUGAGCGUGGAGCGCUACCUCGGUGUGGCGUUCCCAAUCCAGCACUCCCUGCGGAGAAGACCCAUCUAUGCUGUGUUCGCCAGCAUCUUCAUCUGGGUGUUUUCCAUCCUCCAUCUCAGCAUUGUCUACAUCGUGCCCUACUAUAACCCAUCCGGGACGGUCCCGCCAUCCCGGAACGUCUGCUACGAGGGAUUCACCGACGCUCAACUCGAGAUCCUCUUGCCUGUACGCUUGGAGUUGUGCAUCGUUCUCUUCUGCAUUCCCUUGCUUAUUUGCAGCUUCUGCUACAUAAACUUCAUCCGCAUCCUUUCGAAGCUGCCAAACAUUGGCCGACGGAGAAAGCUGCGGGCUAUUGGAUUGGCUUUGGGGACGUUAUUGGUGUUUGUGCUCUGUUUUGGACCCUAUAAUGUCUCCCAUGUGGUCGGUUUCAUAACCAAAUCAAGCCCAGCUUGGAGAGACAAGGCCCUUCUUCUAAGCACGUUCAAUGCUUGUUUGGACCCGAUUAUUUUUUACUUCACCUCUGCGGCUGUUAGAAACACACUUGGGGCGAUGGUAAGGAGCAUUUGGGGUAGAUGUUGGUGUCCACAGAUCCUAUGGAGCUCCAAGAAGGAACCUCCUGUAACUGAGAAAAACAGUCUGCCGAAACCACAAGGGCUCACAAACGCACUUUGACCAAAGGUUUCAUGUAGGCAAGGAAACGACCGUGCAAUUAAUUUUGUACACAAAUGCAGCAAGGUAAACAUUACUCCACUUCCUUGUAAGAUGACAGAGGCAGCAAGGAUGCCAAAACAACACAACCCACGUGUAAAGUGUUAUCUUAGUAGGAAAAGGAAAACACUGUAGCCAAACCUGUGUACAUAAAUGACAGAACUGAGUGUCGGCAAACAGAGGAUAAACUUCCUUUUAUAUAGUGUUUAUUCAUCCAUACUGUGAGCACAUCUUUAUAACAAACUUGUCAUCAUUCACUUUAUUCAGUAUAAACAGAACGCAGUAUGAGGACAUUGAUCACUGGGAUAAAUGAGCCACAUUCGCCAGCUGUAUGAAGGUUAACAGAAGCGCUGCUCUCUAGCACGUCACUUAAAUAUUUGAAAGGUUUUCAUUUUUAAAGGCCGAUGCUUUUCUGGAAACUGGCAGACCGUGUGGUUUUCUGAAGGUUUGUGUACGUGUUUGAUGGUGCAAGAUAGAGACUUCUUCAUUUUUAGUGUCCAGGAAGUGGCAAAAAUGGCACCACAGACACUGAUGGUGAGAGACAUGCAGAAAAUGAGCUAUGUAUUCUUGAUUGAUUUCAAGGUGAAGUGUGUUGUUAUUUUGAUGGUAAAAUUCUUACUUUUGAUGUUAAAAUAAGUUAGCCAGUUCAUAGACUGCUUCCCCUGAAGUGUUAAGACUGACCCUACUCGUGGCCAAAAUAAAUAAAUAAAUAAAUAAAUAAGUCAAAUAGGCAAAAAAAAAAAAAAAAAAAAAACCAUUUCUCUCUAGUAGGCUAUUCCAUCCUCAAUUUAAAAUGUAUUUUUUUUUUGCUCCUGAAUUGCAUUUAGCAUAUAAUACAUAUAUAUUUAGCAUAUAUUUAAAAUAUAUUUUGCCCAGAAAAAAAUAUUGGUUGGUGCUUUUAAACAUUUAUUAAAGAAUUAUUUUAACAUCUAAAUUGCUAAAAUAACGGCUAAGUAUAAGCCAGUUUAUAGAUCAAGAUUGACUUUUCUGCACUUUCAGGACAUCGUAUCCCUGUGUGUUUGAAAACAGUCCUUAUUUUGGCAAUUCUGUUUCACCUUUAAAUGCAUUAUUUAUAUAUGUAAAAAUGAAAGUGUUAAUGUAUUAUUGUACAUAUUGUUCCAAAGAAAAUGCACAAAGUGUCAUUUAAUAAAACAUUAUUUGUAUUCUUAUAUUUUAGCAAGACUGUGCCAAAGGUUUAAAUCAUCUGGUGUGUUUCUUCAUCCUGGGUUAUGUUAUAAAAUGUUUAUGGCAUAUUUCCUCUCAGUCCAUAAUAACUAUUAACCACUAAUCUCGUGUCUCUGUUAUAAACGUGACAAAUAUUUGCAAAGGGUUAUUAUCUUUGACUACCGAGCCGAGCAGGAGUGUACAUACAGAUCCAGGAGCACGUGUGGAGACGGGAAAACACUUGUUUGUUUGGCUUAGUUUCUUCUAGAGCAUCAUUCAGGAAACAUGUUGAUAUAAACAGUUAUUGCUCCAGUUUCGAGGUGAACUCUGUAAUAAUAAAGAGUGAGGUGGAAGGAUGAGUUACUCACAACAUAUACAGAAGUGAUCUGGUGUAUUUCCUCUCAUUUCAGUUCAUCUAGUUUCAAAAAUAGCCAGACGUUUCACUGCCGGCAUAAAUUUUGGCCCAUAUUCUUUUUUUUUGUCAUAUGUCAGUCUCCAUGAAUAGAUGUACAAAGCAAAUAAACAACGGAAAAUA